AUGUGUGGCUUCGUUGCUAUCAUGAAUAGUACAACGUUAGGUUACGACUCAUCGAUGAUGAAUGGGCUUCAAAUAUUGCCCUCAUACGGCGAUUAUUUCCAGCUCACGACCGCAACAACUUCUCUGAAUGUGGCCAUAGUUUUUGUCGGAGCUGUAAUCGCAACUUCUUUCGCAGGCGAGCUAUCGAACAGAUGGGGCCGCAGAUGGGGACUCGUGAUAAGUUCACUAAUUGCAAUUGCUGGAAGCGUGCUUCAAGCUGCUGCGGUACAUGAAGCGAUGUUCUGCAUCGGAAGGCUACUUAUAGGAAUCUCAAUAACGGUUGGAUCCGUUGCAGCACCAGCAUAUCUUGCUGAGAUAGCUCAUCCUGCCAAUCGCGAGAUGCUGGUUGGGUUGUGGGGCUCUGCUUAUUAUGUCGGAAGUAUUAUGGCUGCAGCAAUCACGUUCGGCAGCCAAUAUAUUGAUUCGACUUGGGCCUGGAGAUUGCCAUCUUUGCUUCAACUGACGCCGUCUGUUCUAAGCAUUGUACCCUUGGCCUUUAUGCCAGAAUCUCCUCGGUGGCUGAUAUACCAAGAUCGCCAUGAAGAAGCUAGGGCGAUGAUCGUUAAGUAUCACGGAGGCGGUGAUGUGGAUGCUCCUAUUGUUGCCCUCGAGUACGAAGAAAUCUGUCAAGCCAUUGCGUACGAGAAGGAAACACGGAAAAUCGAAUUUAAAGCUCUCCUGGCUACGAGACCCAAUCGAUGGCGAUUUGGUGUUGUGGCAGCCACUGCUAUUUUUGGUCAACUUAGUGGGAAUAAUAUUAUCACGUAUUAUUUAGGAGAUACUCUCACUACUGCCGGCAUUACAGAAGUACAAACGCAACUUGGUAUAAACAUAGGAAUAAAUGGCUUCAGCUUGAUCGUGGCUGUCCUUGGAAGCGUCUUCUGCUACAGGCUUGGUCGCCAUCCUUCUUUCUUAAUUGCCACAGGUGUCAUGGCUCUAAUUCUAAUCAUAUAUACUAUUCUCACCAAAUUAUAUUCCGGCUCAGACAAUACAUCGGCAUCCGACGCCUCAGUCUUCCUGAUAUUCUUCUUCUUUGGAGCCUACUCAUUCGUGUGGACACCGCUCUCGGCGCUGUACCCUGUUGAGGUGCUCCCUUACUCGCUUCGUGCGCAUGGACUAGCGGCUUAUAGUUGUAUUGUCUACCUAUCAGCUUUCUUUAACGUUUAUAUUAUACCCUUUGCAAUGAGCAUCACCUAG